GCCUGAAGUCUGAAGCCGACAUCCUUGCUCAACUCGCCCCUUGGCCUUGCGGCCUUUCGCCCGUCCGCAGAAAUAACCGAACGCGCCUCCUGCCGCACCCCACCAGCCGCGCCACUCCGCACCAGAGCCGCAUCCUGUUCGCCUGCUCCGGUGAUUCCCCACCGCCAAAGGCGAAGCUCCGUGUCCCAAUCGUGCGGAUCCCUUGCCCGCCGCCAUGACGGAGUAUUGGGUGAGCCAAGGAAACAAAUGGUGCGACUUCUGCAAGAUUUAUAUUUCUAACAAUCCCUUCAGCAUCAGAACACAUGAACUUGGUAAGCGCCACAAGGACAAUGUCACCAAAAGAUUGGCGACAAUGCAAAAGGAGAGUGAUGCAAAGGAUAAGGAACAGCAGCAAGCUGCCAGAGCCCUUCAGCAAAUAGAAGCAAAAGCUAAAAAGAGCUAUCAAAAAGAUUUGGAGAAUAGCCAGAGGAAUGUGGAUGGAGACACUUCUGCAGCACCUGGAGAUGGAUGGGUAUUCGACUCAACUUCAGGAUAUUAUUAUGACAAAUCUACUGGACUUUACUACGAUUCAAACUCCGGCUUCUAUUAUUCUGAUGGUUUAGGAAAAUGGGUUACUCAAGAAGAGGCCUACAAGUCUGUGAAAACUUCCAAAACAGAUGUUGGUCAGUCCUCAACUUCACAAUCAAAACCCCCCGCUGCAGACACAGCUGUUCCUGCUAUUAAAGGAGGUCCAGCUCCAGGUCGGGUUGUCACAAAACCAUUGAACCCGAUGAGACCUAUUAAGGGCGCUCCAUCUGCUGUUGGUGUUAACAAGAGGAAGAGAGAGGACAGCAAGCCCAAGGUGAUCUCCAAGGAGGAGGAAACGGCCCUUAAAGCGCGGGAGGCAGCAAGAAAGAGAGUAGAGGAUCGAGAGAAGCCGCUGAUGGGAUUAUACAGAUCGUACUAGGGUGCCAUUCUUCCGAGAAGACUACCCUUCGUUAUGGGCCUGCCAAUCGCACUAGCUGAUCCCUUCAGAGAACACAGGGCAAGAUUGGUGGCUUUGGGUUUCAGAGCUCUUCUGCAUCAGCAAUGUGUGUCUGUACAAUACCUCAGUGGUUCUUGACUCGACUAAGUUCCUUUUCCUAAACAUGUAAAAGAGUGCUCAUUCAUAUUGUUUUUUCCUGAAUGGCGUAUAUGGUAUGCUGGGACUUGAGAGACA